CGUAUGGAGGACUGGUGGUCCGCUCGCCGCGCUACUCGUGCCACCGCCGACGAAACCGCCUUCGCCCCCGUUGUUUCCGCCGCCGCCCCCGCACGCUUUCAGCGAGGAGGAAUAGGGCGACCGCUUAUAGGCACGGCACGGCUUCAGCAUGUAUGGAUUCGUUCACUGUGCCCUGGAAGACAUGGUACGCACGAAGCAUGGACUAGACGCCUGGGAGAAGAUAUUGCGCAAAAGCAAGAUCCGUAUGCACGGCGGUUCUUUCCUCAUGCAUCGAGUGUACCAGGACGAUGUCACUUUCAAGUUGGUGCAGUCGGCGUCCGAAGUGCUGGAGAUGAGCCCGGACGCCUGCCUCGAAGCCCUCGGGUGCCACUUCCUCUAUUUUUGCCAGCAGCACGGAUAUGACCACAUCCUGCGCGUUCUGGGCUCCAACCUGACUGACUUCCUCACAAACCUUGACAACCUGCACGACCACCUGGCGUCCACUUAUCCAGGAAUGAGCGCGCCUUCCUUCAGGGUUUCACCGGGACCAAUGGGCAGCCUACAUCUUCAUUAUUGCAGCGAAAGAAAGGGCCUGCACCCAAUCGUAAAGGGUUUGGUGAAGGCCGUGGCACGGGAGUUCUUCGACACGGAGGUCAACGUGAACACGUGCAAGGUCACGGACCGAGGGGAACGCGUCACAGUCAUCAUGGAGGUGUCUGAGUGUAAGCUCAAGCUCGCCCCCAUCGAAAUCCCGGGUCUGAUGCAAAAGAGAUCAUCCUUUACAUCGGCCCACAUCACCGACCAUCUGAGCCAGAGCCCGCAAGACCUGCCCGUAGACACGAAGACCUUCUGCUCUGCCUUUCCUUUCCAUGUUAUCUUCGACCGAGAUUUUGUUAUUCACCAGGCGGGAAAGGGCCUUGUGAGGCUGACGCGAUCCAUGUGGCAGCGCGGUAAGCCCGUCCGCUUCACCGACAUGUUUAGCAUCUGCCGGCCCGUGAUCGAGUGCAGCUUCGAGAGCAUCCUGGGCUUCCUCAACCAGGUCUACGUGGUCACCGCCAAAGACGGGGUGCUCGAGAGGGAUCGCAAGUUCCCGCAACCAAAGUCAGCGCCCUCGCCCGCAGGCAGCCGGCGAAAGCUUCUGCGACGCCUCAACAGCACCGUAGAACCACCUCCGGAUGGCGUGCUGCGACUCAAGGGCCAGAUGGUCUCGCUGCCAGAGGCCGACUGCCUGCUCUUCCUGUGCUCGCCGCGAGUCAAGAGCCUGGAAGACAUGCACCGCGUCGGGCUCUUCUUCAGCGACCUGGCCCUCCACGACCCCGUCCGCGACCUCAUACUCAUCUCCCACCAGCGCCGCAGGGAACGCGAGCUCGUCGAGAAGCUAGACGAGGCCUCCAACCACCUCAAGAUCCUGGACUCGAAACUGCGCGAGGACAAGCGGCGCACGGAGGACCUGCUGUGCUCCAUCUUCCCGGCUCGCGUGGCCCGUAACCUGUGCUUGGACCUCCCCGUCGAGGCGGAGAAGUUCGAGAUGGUGUCGUGCCUCUUCUCGGACAUCGUCGGAUUCACGGCACUCUGCGGCAGCGAGAACGUUCAGCCCAUGGACAUCGUGCGCCUCCUGAACCGCCUCUACGUCCAGUUCGACUCCCUCACCAACCUGCACGGUGUGUACAAGGUGGAGACCAUCGGUGACGCGUAUCUCGUGGUAUCUGGGAUACCUGAGUUCACCGAGGACCACGCCGAUCGAGUGGUGGUCAUGGGGCUGGCCAUGCAGGCAGUCACCCGGACCGUCCAAUCACCCGUCGAAGGGCACGCCAUCGAGAUACGCAUUGGCAUCCACUCGGGUCCUGCUAUGGCUGGCGUCGUUGGUACCCAGAUGCCUCGCUACUGCCUCUUCGGGCACACGGUCACUCUAGCAAACAAAGUAGAGAGUCGCGGAUUGCCCAAACAGGUCACCAUCACAGAGGAGACAAAACGGCACCUUAAGAAGGACGGCUACCUGUUCCUGGCCACGAAGCCUUCCCCCGAGCUUCAGGUGUGCUGCUACAACGUGUCACGGCCGGGUGACGCCGUGGCGCCGGAUCCUGCCACGCUGGGGCCGGCGCUAUACGGAGGCGGUGGUCACUUCCGGUCACCCACGGGAUCGCCGGUGCACUCGGACAGAAACACUGGCUCUCGGAGCUCGUCCACACCAUCUCCCAGCGGAUCCCCACUCGUCACUGGCGGAGACAUGGCCAGGAACCCCGAGUGUCCGGGACAGUUCACGCCACCCAUGAAACGGAAGCACCGAGGGCGUGUGUUCGAGUUUCCCGCAGUCGCCACGAGCAGGCAGGACUCGACCCCCGACAGCGGCUCCGAUUGCAAGUUUCUACAGAGCUUCGACGACGCCGAACAAACUCGCGAGGAUACCGGCCACACCAGCGACGAUGACCCUUUCGACGAACCGAUGUGCGUCAUCAACGUGGAGUCGGCGAGCAGUCAAGAACUGUCCCUAAGUAGCGACACUCUUUCGUCUCAAGGAGCAUCGCCGUGCGCCGAGCGCAAGACCGGAUCCAAGAGCGCCACCGGCGGUAAGCCGCCAGCCGUCGCUGAAAUAGACUCUCCAACAGAAGAAACCCAAAUCGACUGUCAAGCUCUUACAACCAGUUCCCCGAAGACCACGGAAGAGCGACCCCAUGCUGGCAGCCAACUCGACACCUUCUCGGAUAUCCCCCAUUCCGAACGUAACGAUACUGUCGUUUCCUCGAAGGAAGUCAAGGCUCCAACGUCGAAGCGGGCAACUACGCUCAAGUGCUGCCCGUUUGGAUCGCGAAACCAGGACCUGAACGAGAACCUCGAAGACGACGAACCUCGGAGCGGCAACAAGUUCAAGCCCAGGUGUCCGUUCCGCUUAGGCGGAGACGAAGACGACGUCGACAGGCUCCGAAGCCCGCUCGUUCAGAAAGGCAGCAAAGGUGCUCGCAGUAGCCUGUCGUCGCUAGCUCGUUUCUCGUUCGGCGAUCUCCGGGACCCUACCUCCAAUUGCGGCGUCCCGACCGUGGUCGUCAAGGCGGCCAAAGAGGCGCACGGUUUCUUCCCAGGCCUACGCAGCAUGCUUCGCAAGGGGGACAAGAAAGUCCGCCAGUCAUCGACCAGCAACGCGUCGCCGGGUGCGGACUCCCUCGCUCCCGAGUCUCUCGCGGAAUGCGGUACGGAAGACAGGCUGGUGGUCGACGAUGCCGGCAACGAUGCCUCCAAGGGGGCGUGUCCGAUGAGGCGCAUGUUCUCUCAGGUGCUGACGGUGAACUUUGGCGAAGUCGAAGGUGCGGAAGCGCAGCCCCCCGGAAAGAGGACUCAGAGCUGUUACUCGUUCCGGCACCUCGAGGACACUGAACUCAGUGCCGUCGAGAAGGACAAGCAGCAGGCUGCUUCGGGCCGUUUCAACCUGCCACAGCUGAACUGGCAUUUCCCUAGACUGAAACAACGAAUCACGAAAGGGAGCCUGUUUAGCGGCGCAAUUUUUCCUUCGUCGAGGUAGUAGAGCCCGUCGAAAGAAUGAUAUUACGAGUGCCUGUGCGAGUGUUUGUAUGCUUGUAAAAAGUUGAACGAAGUGAACCUUAAGUGAAGGCGUUGAUUUGGACAUUAUUCCCCGGUGUCCUCUUCAUUUUUCUCCCAUUUCGUAAGAAGAUAGGUUAGUUGAGAGACGGCUGCAACUGGUCACGAACGCGCGCCCGCGUUGCUGACAUCGGCUCUCAGGAGGUUUCACUCUUAGCGCGCUAGCAUACGCGCUUUCUGUAUACUGCAAUGAUGACACGUUGCUUCUCCUCAGUUGUGUCAGCAAAACGUCAGGUGGAUGUUAUUUGAGUGAAUGAGUGUGGUGAAAUUGUUGUACUGUACAUAAGCUACGCGACUACGUAAUGGAAGAGCGCAGUAUGAAACGGAAAAUUUCGAAAAGAUAUAUAUAUUUUUAAUGUACGCGUGGUCGGAUGAUGAUAAGAUGGGUGACACCUGCGAAGUGUUCCAAGGCUCCAACGCCAUGUUAAGCUCUUUCUCGGAUGGCAUUAGCUUAAUAUUAUUAUAAAAGAGAACAGUUUCUUGUAGAAGUGAGUAAACCGCAAGUGUUAAUGGGGAUAAGUUAUUGUUCUAUAUGGAGAAUUUGAGCUAGUUAUCACUGCACAAAGGCCACUGCAAUGCGGUGAACAAAACAUUUCUCGACAAGCUUUACCACCCAAUGUAUAAACUGGGAGCAAUGCAGCUUGCUUGAAGACCUUGUAGAAGUUGUCCAGAUGGCAACAACUUAAGCUUUCGCAUUAACGUAUAUCACUAAGUUUUCACAUCCCGAAAACAAGCACAGAUAAGUAAAUGAUAUGUCCGUUUCGGAACACCGUUGAGAUGAUGAAACGCAAAGACCACGGAUGCUCAAGAGCAUGAACAGCAAGAAAAAGUGAUCCGUUCAAUUUGAAUUUGCAAGCAACUCUGAAAUUUAGAAACGUAUCCAUUGUGUAUAUUCUGCCAGCUUCAUUCCUGUGCCUCUUCAUGGUAGAUGGGCAUUUGUUUCCAAUUAACUGCAAAAAGAAAUAAUAAACACAUAGCUGUGGUAGGAAUAUUCGACACAGGGUUGGCACCAAUAUGGAAACGAUAAAUGAACGGCGAGUUCAGAAUGCACGUAGCACAUGGCUCCUCUCCUGCGUAGUGUAUACCUCUUAGCGCUUUCUUUUAUUUGCAACUUUACAUUUAAAUGAAGUUCAUAAAUAUUUCAUGGAGUCACAGUGGAGCAACAUUAUGCUGACCACCAUGUGCAAAAUAUUCUGGGAACAGGAAGCCACGAGUUAUAUCUGUUGCGUUAGGAACCCGUAGCGUUUAGGAGAACAGAAUGUAUCAACCUUUAAAAGCUGACGUGUUCUGUUGUGCACUGUUACAACCGUUCGGAUAGUUUAGGGACCUUGGUUUGUGCCGUGCUGAAAGAAAGCCCGUUGUGUAUGUGAACAUAUCAUGAAAGACGCAGCUUGGUUCGUCGUUUUGUCUCUGUUUGCUCUUGAGUGGGCACUGCCUAAAAAAAGCAAACUACGGGCUGAGAAACUCUUCAGAGGACAAUAAAAUGUGCAG